AUGAGUCAGUCCCAGGUGCACCCAUCUCGAAAGAUCUUGCUGGUGGUUACCACCGGGGGGUUCACCCAUGCCGCUCCGGUUCUGGAAAUUGGCCGGGUACUCGCGGAACGUGGUCACGAAAUUGAAUUCGCGACACUCGACGGACAAGAGAGCUGGGUGAAACCUGAGUAUGACUUUGUCAACAAGCUUCACCAGUUAGGCCCUGGACCAACUCCCGAACAACUCGAUGGUCACUAUCGACGAAUGCAGGCAUGGGAUAUCUCCAAGGGUAUCGGACAAGCUAUGGGAUCCAAAUACCUGUUCGACUCCUUCUGGCCACAAACCUACCAUCAUCUCAAAGAGAUCAUGGAUGACCCCGCGACUCGACCAGACAUGAUAAUUGCCGAUUUCUUUGUUGAGGCAGCCAACGAUAUUCACUUCGAGUACAAGUUACCAAUCGCGGUCGUCUGUCCCAACAUGCCUUUAUUCCAGUUACCCUGUUCGUACAUCCCAGGCAAACCCGGCUUCCAACUUCCAGGGACCAUGACAUCCGAAGAUACUCCGAUGUGGCUGCGUAUCAUGAACGAGAUCUUCUUCUUCCCGGAUCUUCCUACCAUCAUCCGCGCAGGAAAAUGGAGCAAGAAGAUGCGAAGUGACAAUGGCGUCUUUUAUCCCCCUCACAAACCCAGUAAACCAGACUAUCUCAUCUUUGUCAACUCUUUCUUUGGGUUGGAGAUCCCGCGCGAUCUACCUCCAACCGCUGCUCCUGUGGGUCCUCUCCUGAGUCCGACCUACCCGCCACUAGACCCGGAAUGCGGGGCAUUCUUGGCCAAGCAUAAAUCAGUCCUUUAUAUCGCCCUUGGCACUCAUAUCAUCCUGCCCCAUCAGGAUGCUGCCAAGAUAGUGGAGGCUGCAAAUCGUCUCAAACAGGAUGGAUUAAUCGAUGGUGUGAUUUGGGCUAUGGGCAAGACCUGUCGGGCAGACCUUGACCGCAGCGCAUCCUUCCCCGUCAACGUCGGCGAUUCGAAAGAAACUACCAUGGGCGAUCUACUUGACAACAAACAUCCGGACUGGGUCUUCCCAUUCUUCGCCCCCCAACGUGCCGUCCUCGACAGCGAGUCAACCAAACUCUAUUUCACCCACGGUGGAGGCUCUAGCGCCAACGAGGGACUUUACCAUGGAAAGCCGAUGCUAUCAAUGGGUAUCUUCUCCGACCAAAUCGCCAACACCGCUCGACUCGUCGCAGGAGGUGUGGCCGAGUCAUUGAGCAAGCUUAGCUUUACAUCGGACGAGGUCUACGACAAAGCCAAGAAGAUUCUCAAGUCUGAAAACGAGACAUACAGCCAGAAUGUGCUGCGUCUGCAGCGCAUUGCUCAUGUGGCUAGUCGCCGCAAGUACCAUGCGGCCGAUCUAAUUGAGGAACUCAUGUACGACAAUGAGCUACGUUUUAAAGACGGCAAGGAAUUGCGCCCGAUGCACUUGCAGACGGCCGAUAUGCGCAUUUCUACGUUCAAGGCUAAGAACUGGGAUCUCUAUGCUGUCGGUGGAUUGGCACUAGCUGCGGUUGUGGGAUCGACGUGGAUGGCUGGUCGCUUUGCGUGGCGGUUUCGCGGUCCUGUGAUCGGACAGGUCCGAUCUACUACUCUUGCAGGCUGGAGGGCUUUAAAGAAUACUUUCAACAAGUAG